CAUUUUGGAGGAUCACAUGGAGAGAGAAGAGGGUGAAAAGGAAAUGGAAAAUUGUGUUGAGGACAGAGGAGGAACCAAUGCCUCAGGAACCAACACACAUUAUCACAAGUUCAGUGUGCAUUCUUCACUGCUGACCCUUUCCUGAUCUGACUCCACCCCUGAGGGACACAGCUCAGCCUUGACCAAUGAUUUCAAAGAACUAGGAGGAACAAGGGGCCAGAAGGUCAGCAGUAAAGAAUAAAAGGUGACCCUUUCCAACAGCAGCACAUACCCGCUUCUCUCUCUGAUCGCCUGUAAGUUCCCAGAUCUGACAUCAUGGUGCAUUUUACAGCUGAGGAGAAGGCUGCCAUCACUAGCCUGUGGGGCAAAGUGAAUGUGGAAGAGGCUGGAGGCGAGGCCCUGGGCAGGCUCCUGGCUGUUUACCCCUGGACCCAGAGAUUCUUUGACAACUUCGGCAACCUGUCCUCUACUUCUGCCAUAAUGGGUAACCCCAAGGUCAAGGCACAUGGCAAGAAGGUGCUGACCUCCUUUGGUGAUGCUAUUAAGAACAUGGACAACCUCAAGGGUGCCUUCGCUAAGCUUAGUGAGCUGCACUGUGACAAGCUGCAUGUGGAUCCCGAGAACUUCAGGCUCCUGGGCAACGUACUGGUGAUCAUUCUGGCUUCUCAUUUUGGCAAGGAAUUCACCCCUGAUAUGCAGGCCAUGUGGCAGAAGCUGGUGGCUGGUGUUGCCACUGCUCUGGCGCACAAGUACCACUGAGUCUUCCUUCCAGUUCAACAGUGCUCUUUUGUGUCCCCAGGGCCCUCCUUCUGCAUAUGGGGACUUGCGUUUGGCCUUGAGAGCACAGCUUCUGUUUAAUAAAGUUCAUUCUAUUCAGUCAUCAUAAAUGAAUACUGUGUUUUUUGCAUCUUUCACUCAUUGGCUGAGGGGUGAGGUGAGACAUAGGGAGAAAUGAGAGCUCGUUUGGGAAGUGUGUAGGGACUCAUCAAAGGAAGAUGGGUAUUAUGGGAGAAUUCUAGAAGGUCUGGGUGUAUGCUAGGAUGGGGAAGAAAUUUUCUGGGUUGGGGAAAGGGUUAAUUAAGCGAACAGGGAUUUACAGGACAGUGUGGCAGAAACUUACAGUAGAGGGGAAUAAAGGAGAUGCUAAGAAGUGCCUCAGAAGAAAUCAAGAUAGAUUUGUGGUGCGUGUCAGGGUUCAG